AUGAAUCCCCGCCAUCGUCCAACGCAGAGCCCGCUAGGCCUGUCCGCGCUUCUAUUGCUCCUUCAGCCCGUCACCGCUAUCCCGUACACGCCAUCUUCCCUCUUCCUCGCUCCCCAAUACAAUGACUCGCUCGCGUACCUUCUCCAACCCGGUAGCUCGACGGGCAAGACCGAGUUCCUGUCCUUGAACAUCUCCGCCAGUCUCGAUACCAGCAACCCCUCCUUCCACACCUUGCUCGAGGAAACCCCGUUCAAAAGCACCGAACAGUCCUCCUCAUUCAUCCCUGUUAUUGAUGACCGAGGCAUUCUCUCGGUCUACGCAGGAGAUUGUCACAACACAUCCGAUCAGCAGUCAAUAUGGCGGUUCCACCCCGACAACACCAGCUCAACCGGCAAUGGGACCUGGGCGCAGCUGUCGGUAAACCCAGGAGAGGGGAAGACAAGACCGAACUACCUGGCUGCCGGGUUUACCUUUGCAUUCAGCGACGCGACUGAAACCUCCAUGUAUACCUUUGGUGGGAUGUGUCCAUUCGCGAAUAGUACGGACCAGACGUGGGUCUCUGCUGCGGACUAUUCCCAAUCCAUGGUCCUGUUGGAUCCGUCCUCCAAAGAUACCUCCAAAUAUGAAGCGACCACUAUUGGGGACCGCGCACCUCCGGUCCCCGAGGCCGGAAUGGUCAUCGUUCCUCUCCCGCCUACGUCGUCACUAGCCUCGACAGAGAGGCAGCAGGAUUUCCUGUUCAUCGGUGGACAUACUCGCCAAGCCUUCCUCAAUAUGUCCCAGCUUGCCAUAUUCUCCGUGCCGCAGGAAAGCUGGAGCUUCGUGAACGUCAACUCAGAGGCAAUGCCCAAGACGGAGUUGGCGGUGCGAACUCAGGCCACUGUGGAGCCUCGAUCGGGCCAUGCUGCUGUCCUUUCUGGCGACGGAAAGAAGAUUUACGUGAUUGGAGGCUGGGUGGGGGAUACGUCGGUCCCUGCUGAUCCCCAAUUCGCGGUCCUGGAGGUCGGUGAGGAAUAUGGUGGUGUGAGCGAUUGGGCCUGGUCAACUCCCACAUCAUCCUCUGAUGUAGGAAUUGCUGAGGGAACUGGACUCUAUGGUCAUUCAGCAGCCAUGCUCUCUGGUGACGUGUUGAUCAUUGCUGGUGGAUAUACCAUUCCAAAACAAUUCUCGAAGAGGGCUACGGCUUCUACCCUGCGCAACUCCCAGAUUUAUCUCUACAACACGACCUCGAAUAGCUGGGUCAAGUCUUACACCAAUCCCUCAACUUCCCCUACCUCAGUGUCAAAGUCGCACCGAGGUGGCCUUUCUUCAGGCCAAAAAGCCGGACUGGGAGUUGGCUUGGGUGUCGGACUACCUCUCGCCAUAGCCAUCGCGAUAUUUGCAUGGAGACACCAUCGGAAACGCCGGGUCAAAGGUCAGCGGGACUCUCAACUCCGAGAGUUGGCUCUAGGCGCCGAGCGAGCCCACUUUUGGGGCCGUGAUGAUCCGUUCCAAGCAAGCAGUAUCCGCAGCUCACAGAUGAGCGAGAAGCAAGAUCCCGCCGCUGCCUAUUCGUGGUCAGGGAACCGCAGUCACGCCACUCGGGCCUCGUCGAGCGAGCAGGGCGAUGGAUCCGCAGAGAGGACGGGGCUGCUCAUGGACACAAGUCCAACCAAGACCAGUCGACCAUUCAGUCAGCAACGGCCGUACAGACAAUCCGGGUAUACUGAAUUCCGCCGCAAUGACACUAUAAGUGAUAUUCAUCCAAUCGAUGAGCGCGAGGAGGACGAGGCCAUCUUUCGGGAACGCCUUAUGGCGACUAUCCCCCCUGUGGAGAACGCCGAAGUUGAAGCUGAGGAUCCAUUCUCCGAUACUCCGUUUGCUACUCCACGGAGUACAAUUUUUGGCGUUGGGCUAGGCCCCUUCUACAGUCGUCGGAAGGACAUUGGGGAUACAGGACGAGUCUCUCCUACAAAGAGUGAUCGAACAUCCAGCAGCCUGUCAGAUGCUUCGUCCUUUUCGUUCUCGUCCAACAACCCCACGGGCCAGGUAUCCAAAGCGCGUGGGGUCCUCAUCGACCGACCGUUGAGCUGGGCAAGCAGCGGUGGCCACUCUUUUGAUCCGCUAGACGCAUCUCAUAGUUGCGAGACAACACAACGCGAUCUGGUCGGCGUGGCCGCACCACCAUCCGAGAAGUCCAUCUCAACGGACUCCUACUCAACCGCCCAUACCACCUUCUCCCAACACCGCGCAGAAAACGAGUCUCUGCUCUACGACGCAGACGCCAUGGCCUCCAUCGAAUCCUCCCCCUCAAAACUCCCACCCUCCUCAAAACCCAGGCCUUCAGAAGGCAUCUUCCAAAGCGUUUGCCGCGCUCUAACACUCACCCGCCGCGGCACAAGCAGCGAAGCCGAGUCCGAGGCUGCCCCUCUAGCCUCCGGCAUCGACCGCCGCAGCACCGUCAUGGUACCAGGCACGUUACAAGGCGCCAGUGGAGCCAGCACUCCUCGCCGCGCCGUCAGCGCCUCGGCCGAACUCUUCCGCCGCAAACAAGGUGCCAAGGACUGGAUCGCCAAGAAAAGAAUGUCGGACGGUGUAUUCCAGGCACCCCGCUCUACUCGCGAUGACCUCUUCCUCAAUGCUCCGGGAUGGCUCGGUGAUGACGAUACGUGCGAUGAGAGUUGGGGUGAAGACCAGCGCGUCCAGACGACUUACUCUGCGCCCCGGGAGAAACUCAGAGUCGUCAAUGCUUCGGACAUGGACAAUGUCUCUCAGCGCAGUCUCAGUCACAGUCUCAGUAAUGCGCCUAGCACUCGCCGUGUGAGUAACUAG